AUGGAGCCCUCACAAGCUCUCCAGAGAUGCACUCGCUUCGUUCUUCAACAUUCGACCCGACGCUCCCUGCCAACUUUAACAUUUCCCACCCUUCGACCAGAGCUCCAAUGUACAAACAGCAAGCCGUCUUCACAAAAGUCAUUCUCCUCCAGCUCUAGACAGAACAACAGCGAGCUCUCAUCUAUUUCAGCACUGCUCCGCGAUUUCAAGAAAGACUUGAGAUCAGCGCAACCGGCGGAUGAACGGCUGGAUUCAUUGAUGGGAAACAACAACUACCAACGGGCCCGAAAUCCAUCCAAUCUCGACGCCUUCGAAGGUACACUAGGAACCAGCAGUAGGAACAACCAAACACAGCAGGCCAACGCCACAAUGAAUUCCUUUGCUGCCGUUGUGAACCGAGACGAGAUAGACCCAUUCAUGCACACCAACCUGCGGCUGAAGCCGUCACUGGGCCGCACCGUAAAAGUCGUCUCCGGCGACCCUAGCCGCGCAUUCCGUGUCCUCGAGAGCAAAUGCGCAGCCAACAAGGUCCGCCUGGACGAAGUCGCACAGCGGUUCCACGUUCGGAGAGGCCAGCGGAAGAAGCUUCUUCGCAUGAAGAGGUGGAGGGCGCUGUUUAGGGAAGGCUUCAUUGCCGAGUGCGAUAAGAUUAGGAGGAUGAGGAAACAGGGCUGGUAA